GGGCGGGCCGGGGCGGGCGGAAGGAGCGCAAGGCCGGAAGGAGGCAGCGGGAGAGGGCGGCAGGAUUGGGCCCGGAGCUGCUGGGCCGGAGCGGCGGCGCCGCCAUGUCCGACAGCGAGAAGCUCAACCUGGACUCUAUCAUCGGGCGCCUGCUGGAAGUGCAGGGCUCGCGGCCUGGAAAGAAUGUACAACUCACAGAGAACGAGAUCCGUGGUCUGUGUCUCAAAUCACGGGAGAUCUUCCUGAGCCAGCCCAUCCUUCUGGAGCUGGAGGCACCCCUCAAGAUCUGCGGUGACAUCCAUGGCCAGUACUACGACCUCCUGCGGCUAUUUGAGUACGGUGGCUUCCCUCCAGAGAGCAACUACCUCUUCCUGGGGGACUACGUCGACCGGGGCAAGCAGUCUUUGGAGACCAUCUGCCUGCUGCUGGCCUAUAAGAUCAAGUACCCCGAGAACUUCUUCCUGCUCCGUGGGAACCACGAGUGUGCCAGCAUCAACCGCAUCUACGGCUUCUAUGAUGAGUGCAAGAGACGCUACAACAUUAAACUGUGGAAAACCUUUACCGACUGCUUCAACUGCCUGCCCAUCGCCGCCAUCGUGGACGAGAAGAUCUUCUGCUGCCACGGAGGCCUGUCCCCAGACUUGCAGUCCAUGGAACAGAUUCGGCGUAUCAUGCGGCCCACAGACGUGCCUGACCAGGGCCUACUGUGUGACCUGCUAUGGUCUGAUCCUGACAAGGACGUGCAGGGCUGGGGCGAGAAUGACCGUGGUGUCUCCUUUACGUUUGGGGCUGAGGUGGUGGCCAAGUUCCUGCACAAGCACGACUUGGAUCUCAUCUGCCGGGCACACCAGGUGGUGGAAGACGGCUAUGAGUUCUUCGCCAAGCGGCAGCUGGUGACCCUCUUCUCGGCUCCCAACUACUGUGGCGAGUUUGACAAUGCAGGCGCCAUGAUGAGUGUGGACGAGACGCUCAUGUGCUCUUUCCAGAUCCUCAAGCCCGCGGACAAGAACAAGGGGAAAUACGGGCAGUUCAGUGGCUUGAACCCUGGAGGCCGGCCCAUCACCCCACCCCGCAACUCCGCCAAAGCCAAGAAAUAGCCUCUGUGUACCCGCACUCUGCCCCAGGUGGUGGAUUGUACAGAAAUUAUGUGGCCGUGGGGGGUGGUUCAUGCUGGCCCCCCAGGCCCACCUGUCAUGGGGAACACGGAGCCUUGGUGUAUUUUUCUUUU